AUGGCAUCAAACACGUUUCCAUCAACAACACAACUGACAGACUGUUGGUUUUUCUAUAAGGGUAGCUGUAAAAAUGAGCCUACAAAUAAUAAUGCUAAAAAAUGUAAUUUUCGACAUUGUGAGAUUGCAAAACAAACAGAAAACAAAUGUUUACAAUGGCCAAAUGAAUGCAAAAAUGUCAAUUGCCACUACCGUCAUCCAGCAGAAAAGAAACAGAAUAUUGUUAAACAACCACAACCAGGCGGACUGAUCACUUUGUUUUGGGACAUCGAAAACUGUCCAGUACCAAAAGAUUGCGAUCCAUUUGAGGUAAUACAACGUAUACGAGAUCUGUUGGUUCAUAAAUCUGAACUCAGGGAAGACGCUUUCCACUGCUAUUACGAUACGAGAAUGGUAUCUGACUUUAUGCGACAGCGUUUAAUGCUUGCAAAUAUUGAUACGAUGGAUGUAGCACACUGCAAUAAAGCCGGUGCAGCAGACCUUAAAAUUCUGUCGGAUCUCGGUCGAUAUCAACUAACACAUAAGCGAGGAGACACCGUUGUGCUUAUCUCGGGUGAUAUUGAUUUCGUCCGUGUAUUAAGUGAUCUACGUAAAGGAGGAUUUUAUGUGAUCCUUAUUUACAACGCACUAGCACGAAAAGAACUCAGAGCAACUGCCAAUGCAGAUUACCCCUGGUCACAAUUUACACAAAUGGGUAACGUUCCACGUCGUCAAUCAAAUUCAGUAUCAAACACAAAUCAGGGGGUACCACGUCCAUUAAUGAAUGGGAUUCGUCAGCCACCGAGAGAUCAAUCCAAUUUCGACAAUGGACAGAACGCAGUGUCCAACAAAUUGAAUGCAACUGAUGGAGAAAAUCAACGAGAUUCGUCUCACAGUACUCCGCCAGCCGUACUUAUAUUUGCCCAGUAUGUUCCUCCAGAUGUUCGACUGAUGAACAAAUUAGACAACAUCAAACAAACAAACAGAGGUCACCUGUUCAGUUGUCCGUUAUGUUCCGAUCGAUUUUAUACAACUGCUGAACUGCUAGAACAUCAAGCUGCUACAAAUCAUACGAGUAAUGAUGUUUCUGCAAAUCAUUUGUUCGAAAGUCCAGAUCCGGUAGUCCUACAACUACAACAACGCACAAAACCACCUCCUGACUUGUUACCUGGUCGAAAUCAUAUUUGUCCAAAAUGUUCAUGCAAAUUUCCGACCAAUGAAGAACUUAGACGACAUCAAAAAAACAGGGAUCAUCUCUUCAGUUGUCCACUAUGUUCAGAUCGCUUUCCCACAACCGUUGCAUUACAGCAACAUCAAAAUGCUAAACAACAUAAGAGUGAUGAUGUUUCUGCCAAUCAAUCUUUACAUAGUGUAGACGAUUUAGUUCAAGAACAAUCACGACCUCCUUCACCUCUUCACACUAAUCCACCAGCUUCAGACGCCGAUAAUCCUAACUCGGCUGACCAACAGACAGCCAAACUCAAGAUUCAAGAUUUGAUUAAACUUUUUAAUAAAUAUUAG